UACGACUGCAAGCGCGUGGCCCCACCAGUCGCAGCUGCUGUGCGCCAGUGAGUGCAAGUAGUUUGCGAAGCUCUCGUUUUUUUGAGGGAACACUGUCAUUCACUCAAGAAAUAUUAUUUCUCUUGUGUUGUCAAAUACGUGUUCGUACUGGGAAAACUGUUGUGUGCAGAGGAGCUUGAUUCAACUGCCAUUCACCGCAGAAGUAACGAAGUUCGUCGCUGUUGAGACAUAACCCUACGCACACUCCGUCUAGAGAUCGUUGACAGCGUCCAGCAGGAUUGAAAAUGUGUUCGGUAAUAGGCGCAGAUAUGGACUUCACGCUCUGUCAACAGAACGUAUCAACUGAGCAUAGCUCAUGGCUGGAUUAUAAACCUACUGUCGAAGAGUACCUGCCAGCCGACCUGUUUACGUCUGUAUAUUCAAUGCUGCCAAUAUUUGAAUAUCAUCCUUGGGUUUUCUCAUUGAUUGGAUCAACUUUAAUAGGACUUAGUGGCGUGUUUCCCCUUCUAGUCAUUCCAAUUCAAGAAGAAGAAAAUUUUGAUAUAAACGGUACGCAGCACGUGCUGCUCUUGGAAACCCGACGGCGAAGAAAGCUGCGCAGUUGGAGCACAAAGAUGCCUCCAAUCUUCCAAGGCCGCCAUAUUGGCAUUCGGGACGACUUCUUCGCCCGACGGCAUUCUUAUGCAGAAUGCGGGCUGCGUUUCUUGUUCAAAGGUUCGACUGUUGAAGUCGAGAUGGGAGACCCAAUUGUCACAUCCCUAAACGAUCGUCAGAUUUGUGGUUUUUUUUUGGCCCAGGCUCGAGAGGAGGAGAAUUGA